AGUUUCCCUUCGCUCAACGAAGAGUGUGACGUGUGGUGCGUAUAACGCUGAGUUUCUUGACGUUUGUGUAGUUUUUAAUGUGAAUAAUGUGAUUGUGUAGUUCGUUAUGGCUUAUAAGUACCGUGAAGAUUUAGUUGGCAAACGAUUUCUCGCUGUGAGUGGUGUGACAAAAAUUAACGUGAAUAAAGUUUCCGAAUGGGGAUGGAAAGCUGGUAUUAUCAGAGCAGCAUCGCUCAAAGAUAACAAGAAUAAGGAGCUUCAGGUGUUAGUGGAAUAUGAUGGUGUAGAUUGGCAACGUCGCGAGUGGGUGGCUGUUUAUUCACGACGGACGUUUCGUGUUUUUUUAGUGGAAAGAACUCUUGUUUGGGCUCCUAGAACACACGAAGGAAAGGACGUGAAAUGGCCGGCUUUGACGUUCAUGCCGCUGGCAGCUGACCUGACGCUGCAGGCCGACGCGCAGCCGGUGGAGUUCCUCCACGACAAACACCUGGACUUCUUGGACUAUGCCAACCUACUUCCUUAUCAGGAAUGGGACCCAAAACAAGCAGGAGCAGACGCUGGUCUCGAUACCACAUUGCUCUCCACUUUGUCUUCCGAGGCCGCAGACUGGCGGACCAUACAAGAUGGCCAGCGUAUCCUGACCACGACUCCUUCGGUCUUGGGUGGCUGUAGAGCUCAAGUCUACCGGUCGGCUGGUGCCACACAAUGGUACACUGCCGUCAUCGUUGGAGUCAACGAACAUACUGGAGAGCUGACUGUAACAGAUGAUACAGUUUUGGAGGAGCACAGCGAAGACCCAUCGCUGGUGCAGAUGAGACUCCUGGGCGAUGGAGUAAUCGAAUCGAUCAUGAAGGGAGAAGUGGUGGGCGUAAUGCCACGAAGAUCCCGGUCCAACCUCCAAAGAGUUGAGCGCGAGACCACAAAAAGUCCAGCGACUACCGGUGGCAGGAAGAAGUCAUCGGCCGUGAGAAGCAACGGGCAAAUUGCACCCACAGAGCCACCUCCGCAACCUGCAGGUAAAGAGAGAAAUGACUUGACAGCAGUAUCCAAAGGUUCCUCGCCAGAACGUGAUUCCAGCGAAAUUAACAAAAAAGGUUCAGUUGUUACCGAAAGUGUCAGUGCAAGUGAUGUCGUCGAAGUCAGUGAGGAAACUGACAAGUGCGUGAAACAGGAGGAAGUGAAGACAAGUGAGUGUGAAGUGAAGAGUGAAGUGAGUGCGGGCGCGGAUGGUGUUGCCAGCGCCGUGGCCUCCGAGGAGGACGACUGUGUGAUAGUGUGCGCGCGAGAUGCGGACGAUAGGUCCGACUCGGGAGUGAGCGGAGUCCGUUCGGGCGGCUCAGCGAGUUCGGUGGAGGAGCGCGAGUGGCGCGGCAUGGCGCACGGCUACGGCGGAGGUCCCCCGCCGCCCCUGCUGCACCUGCCACCCCCACCGCCACCCACGCUCUACUCCAGCGAGCUGCUGUGGAAGCAGCGGUAUCAACCGCCAUUACAUGCGCCGCUGCAUCAUGCCAUCGCCGAUGACUACCUCGCGGCGGCGACCUACGAUAGAGAGAGACAUGAAAGACUGCUACGAGAUCGAAGGGAACAGGAGCAACGAGAGAUGGAGAAGCAACAAAAAGAAAGAAAGGAGAGAGAACGGAUAGAACAGGAACGUGAGAGGGAGAGGGAAAGAGAAAGAGAACGGGAGAGGGAAAAACAAGAGAGGGAAGAAAAGGAACGAAGAGAUCAUGAGAACGCCGCCUCAAAACUAGUGUCGAGGCAUUUCGAAGAAUCUCUUAGGCUGGCGAAUCAAAAGCGGUCAUGGUCGUUACUGCACAGCCUGGCGCCGAGCCGAGGUGCCGCGGCGCAGGAACACGAGCGACUACGAGUUCCCCCGACAGACCGCGCGUACUACUCCCCCCCAGGGCACCCAGCGCACCCCGCGCAUCCCUCCACUCGCCCUCCCGCCACCUCCCCCGCAGAUUACCAUGCGCAACACGCUCGCAUCUCCAUCCCUUCUAAACCAGACAAACAAUCACAUCCCUCCUUACCCAAAGGUGAACCUAACUUUGCUCCCUACAAUUACCCUUAUCGAUACGAUAAAAUUAAGGACCAGCAUCUACCGGCACCGCCACCGCUGGUCCCAGAGAAAAACUCUGUGAUAGUCAAGCACGAUCCUAAACAGAUCCACCUAGAACAGAAACACCCAUAUCCGAGCAAACCUCGGAAUGAACCUAACCCUCAUUACCUGCCAUCUCGGACGUAUAGAACGGGUCCCUCACCACACGCGCCGCCACAUCCGCACGCAACCCUACAGACGUCACCACACGCGGCGCUACCUGCCCAGGAUAAGAACGCGCGGCGGCUGUACCAACCUCCGCCGCCUCGCUCUCCUGCCUACUAUCAGACUGCACAACCCGUGAAGCCUAAGGUUUCGAGCCCUGCACCUCCACACAUUUAUGGCAAACCUCCGUGCAAUUCACCGGGUCCUGGACCAGGGCCUGCGCACUACGCUGUAGCUGUCGAGCCUCCGAUGCCACAUAGCAAGGUAGAGCAACCGCCAGUCCCGUACCCUCCACCAUACGCGCAACGCUCAAGACCACCUCCCCCUGCGCACUCGCGCACUCCAGAGCCUCGCCCGCCACAACGCGCUGUCGUGGAUUCUAAUUCCACCUCACCGUGCCAGUUGCAACCUCUAGACUUAGGAGUGUCGCGUGACGACCCUGACCGCCUGUCGCCUAGACGACGUGGUGCGUCAGACCCUCCCGAGGCUGAUGCCAAGCGGCGAAGACUUGAGGAAUCUGCUGCUCCAGAACCUCUAAUAGCAGCAGCGGCCGGUACUGGACGGACACCGCACGGCUCGGAGCCCGCGCCACAAGCUCCGGGCCCACCUUGUGACGUGCGCGUACCGUCUGCAGACGGUAGCGUCGCCACACCCGAGCGAGCUGCCGGAGCAUCCCCCGCGCCGCACCUCACCCCCGCGGCCAGCCCGGCGCCCGCGACCCCUGUACCUCCAGUAGCCGCGUCCCCUCCAGUGGCGGCCGCGCCGCCCACAGCUCCGACGCCGCCUGCACCGCCUGCGACGCCACCAGUCACUACUGGAGCUGACGGUGAUACUCCUGCGAAAGCAGCACAAUCCCCUCGAGAUAAUGGCGGUGCGCCCGUCCGGCAUCUUGGCAAGAAGGCGUGGUUACAGCGGCAUGAGACCGCGCCAAUCGGAGAAGGUGACUGUUCAGGAGGCGGUGGAACAUGUAUUACACUGCCGAUGACAAUCAACCGAGUGUCAGAACCAGACGAUUCCAGUUCAAAUAUUGUCGUGCCCGUAGCUGCCAAGUCAAUACAGCGAGGCGCACGAAAGACCACUAAACCAAGGAAGCCGAAAGAGGUUAACGGUCGAGUAGACGAUGCAGAGGAGGAUAGUUCUAGUUCCGAUCGUGAGUCUGCAACACCUCCAAAAAGAAAACCGCCAAAGGCGAAACGGAAAAAAGGUGCCGUACCAAGGAAAGCUGGAGAUGAACCGAAGAGAAAGAAGGCUUCCGAAAGUGGGAGCGAAAGUGAUAAAGAGAGUGACGAUAAAGACUCAGAUUCUGGCGGAAGUGGGAGUGGCAGUGGAAGUACGUCUAGUAGACGCGGAGGAGCCGGGCGAGCUCGCGGGCGACGCACGCGCGGCGGCGGCCGCGGCGGCAGGCGGCGGGACGAGCCCCCGCGCCGUGUGGCCCCCGCCACGCCCGCGUCCCGCGCGCAGCCCGACUCCUUCCUACAGAACGGUCCUUGUUUCGAGGUAGCCCCGCGCCUCGCCAAGUGCCGUGAGUGUCGUUGGUCACCUGCCCAACGUGACAAGGACUUGCCAAACAUCUUCUGCAGAUUUUACGCUUUCCGAAGACUGAAGUACGCCAAAAACAGGCAGCUGGCGAUAGCCGGCUUCUCGGAUCCUUACAAAGAUGCUGAAGAGGAUGAUAAAAAGCUAUGGCUAUCAUCAUCCGCGGGUGCAGCUGAGUUAGAUAUCGAGAUGAGUUGCUUCCUACUGAGGGAGAUUGGAGACCAGUUCUGUGAACUGCUACAACAGGAGAAAGAGGCGGAAUCCCAUCAUUUGAACGAUGACAAGACGAUAGCAUGGAAACGAGUGGUGCAAGGAGUCAGGGAAAUAUGCGAUGUGUGUGAGACCACCUUGUUCAACUUCCAUUGGACGUGCGGAAAGUGCGGCUUCGUCGUAUGUUUGGACUGUUAUAAGUCACGGACAUCAGGCGGCGACACUCCCCCAGCCACGACCGAAACAAAUAACUCCUCAAACGCCAAUGCCAACGGCGAAAGAGAUUCCUUUGGUUGGCUAACAUGCACGAGUGGCGGCGCCCACCCCGCGCGACGCCUGCUGCUGACGCAGAUAGCGGCGGGCGGCGCGCUGGACGCGGCGGCGGCGCGCGCGCACGCCAUGCGCGACGCCUUCGCGCUGCCGCCCUGCUCCUGCGGCGCCGCGCCCGCGCCCAACAACAACAUGCGCACCGCCGCAAGGAGGCUGCUGCAACGCGCGCUGCAGAAGAAUGUUAAGAAAGAAGAGAUCAAGGAAGAGCCAGCCGCCAACGGCUCGUCGCCAGUCAAGUCGGAGAACGGCAAGACUGGCAGCUCUGUCGUUAGCUGGCUGUCCGACAUACCACUCAAGACUGAAGCCGAAGAAGAGAAGUCUGAUUCUAGCUCGUCUGACUCUGAGGAGGGAGGCAACUUCUCAACGUUACGGGAACUACUCAUCCGACCAGCGCCCGAGGGUGGCGAGACUCAGCCUAAGAAAAAGCAGAAGAAGAGUAAAAGCGAUAUUCUCGAUGACGUCAUAUCCAGCGUUGUAGACGAAAAGAAAGAUGAAGAUGAAGAAUCGAAACCGUUCGCGCUGUCCAACGUAGUGAAGCGGUACGACAGGAGUGGGCGAGGCCGCGAGGAGCUCCCCAUCCGUAUCAUGACGCUCACUGAGUCCAAGCUGCUCUACCCAGACGUGCCUCACGCCUGGCUCUGCGACGGGAAACUUCUACAUCUCACAGACCCCAUGCACGCCGGCAAUUAUAAACCGUUCCAGGACCAGUGGAAACGUGGCCAACCAGUUCUAGUCUCCGACGUAUCGACGAUUCUCGAUAAAAACUUAUGGAGUCCUGAGAGUUUCUCCCGGGAUUUCGGUGAAGAGAGAGUCGACUUGGUUAAUUGUGCGUCCGGUUUAGUGGUACCGUACCAACUGGGCAAGAAAUUCUGGGACGGGUUCGAUCUAGCCGCCAAGAGGCUGCGAGACGAACGCGGCGCUCCAAUGGUGCUCAAAUUAAAAGACUGGCCACCGGGCGAAGACUUUGCGGAGCUUCUGCCCGGACGUUUCGACGAUCUCAUGCGAGCGUUACCACUCAGCGAAUACACAUCGCGCACCGGCAAACUCAAUCUGGCCGCGCGGUUACCUGAAUGUUUCGUACGGCCAGACCUCGGGCCCAAGAUGUACACCGCGUACGGCGGCGCGGGCGGCACCACCAACCUGCACCUCGACGUCAGCGACGCCGUCAACGUCAUGGUGCACGCCAGCGCUCCCGCCGACGCGCCCGAGCGAGCGCGCGAGGCGGCGCGGGCCGCGGAGGAGGCCGGCGUCGACGUCCUGUCGCGGCGCCGCGCGCGGCUCAAGCCCCCCGCGGCGCUGUGGCACAUCUACGCUGCGAAGGACGCGGACAAGAUCCGCGACUUCCUCGUGCGAGCCGAGCUGGAGCGCGGCGCGCGGCCGCGGCCGCAGCACGACCCGGUGCACGACCAGACCUGGUACCUGGACGCUGCGCUCCGUGAGCGCCUCUACCGCGAGUACGGCGUGGAGGGCUACGCGAUCCUGCAGUGCCCCGGAGACGCUGUCUUCAUUCCGGCCGGAGCGCCGCAUCAAGUCAGGAACUUGCUGGACUGUAUCAAAGUGGCCGAGGACUUCGUCUCACCCGAGAACGUCUCGCGGUGUUUCGAGCUCGCGCAGCAGUUCAGGCGGUUGUCUCGCCAGCACUCUAACAAAGAAGAUAAGCUACAGAUUAAGAAUAUCGUGUAUCACGCGGUAAAGGAUUCUCUGUGCUGCCUGGAGGAGGCGCUCGCCGAAGCCAAGUGAAGACGAGCGGGCCUCCCGCAUUUGAUCUCAACCUCGAACGUAACAUUAAUUGCUAAGUUCCGCAUUUAAACGUAAGAUUGGGAGCGAGUAUGAUACGCGCUGUGCGCCGUUUCGUGUAUAAGAUGCCAUUAUUAAGCGUCCGAGUCGAUUGUGUACCAGUUAUGUGUGUAAGUGUACUCGAAAUGUGAUUUAGUCCGACGGUCGCGAUCGGAGUAUGUGCAAUGUAAAUUAGUCUGAUUAUGGUGAUAUCGUUGAGAUGUGGAUAUGUUUUAUGUUCCUUAAUUGAAAUACAAAUAAAACUCUUCAGGUUAUUUACAGCUUAAUUGUAGCUAUAGUGAUAUGUAUGUAUUGUGUAAAUUUUAAUUCGAAUUCCAUCGAGUACAUAUUAAGAAUUGUAUACUUUUAAGUUAUUGUAUUGAAGUAAAACAAACGUAUUCGCUCGAAGCAUUGUACAUUACAACACGGCAUGUAGAUAAGUUUAUCCUAUUACUAGAUUUCUCAAUUUGGUUAUGUUACAAAAUGAUAGAUAAAGUAUGUGACAAUUUCUUUUUGUCCUUAUUGCUGUAUUAGGAAGUUUUUUUUUGUACUGUGUAUAUUAUGUAUGGUUAUAAGUUGGAAUAAAAAAAAGAUGUUUAUAUGAAAAA